UUCACUUUGUUAGUGGUUUACAAGCAAAGAGUAAAGAAGCUUCUUUGCUCUUUGUUUACAAGGGAAAGCAUUUGAACGAUCAAUCAUAAACAUUAAGUCAGUGCUUAUUAUAAAGUAAUAUUAAUUUGAAAUGUGGCUAAAAUUUUCAGUUUGUUUAAACAUAAUUCAUUGUUUCAAAUAAAACAUCUCAGAUUCAGUAAAACUUCAUUUGGAUAGGAUUUUGUGCAACAUUUAAUAUCUGUAAAAUUUUCGGUUGAACACUUUCCUUUUGCAGUCAAAUGGAUCAAGCUUUGUCGACAUUUAAAAAUAAAUUUCACCUCACUUCAUUCACUUCAAUUGGCUAUUUAUCCAGAUAUAAGAUGGAACCUGAUUCUACAAUCAUGAAUUUUCAUGUCCCUUCGAUUAUAUCCGUUGGUGUCAUUCCUUUGAGAAUUACUGUAUGGAAAAACAAGUAACUUUGAUUCCCGAUGGCUGAUUCCAAUGAAUCUUCUGAUCAAAUACCGGAAGUUUCUGAGUCUGGUGAUAAAUUGACGAUCAUAAAUGGAUCAAAGAUUUACCGUGUCUCUAAGAAGUUCAUUUGUUCAUCGAUACCUUAUUUUGAAAGUAUGUUUUGCAGUGAUUUGUUAGAAGCCCAAGAGAACAAAGUGGAAUUGGAUCUUGAUGAACACAGUUUCGAUUGUGUACUCAAUUGGAUUCAUUCUGAUUCGGUUCAAAUUGAAAUGGAAAGUGUUAUCACCUUGCUUGAUGUAGCCGAUUAUUUGCUGUUGAACGAUUUAUCAGAGGAUUGUUACUCAUACUUUCAUGCGUACUUCACUAUUGAACAUCUUCCCGUUGUUAUUCCUCAAGUGACUAAAACAUCUAAACUGAUCAACUCUGGUGCUUUAAACACAUUCAUCUGUCACCAUUUUUUGAAGAUUGCUAAAACAUCCAUAUUUCUAAAUUAUCCAGUUGAAACAUUAGAGUACAUCUGCAAAUUAGACUUGAUGAUUUCUUCUGAAUACCAAGUAUUGGAGGCAAUUAAUGAUUGGAUUAAAUUUAAAGCUGGUCUUAGAAAAGAAUAUCGUCUUCAAUUAUUAAGAUGUAUUCGUUGGCGUUAUGCUGGAACUGAUAUUUCAUCUAAAAUUCUGGAUGUUCCAUACAUCGCAACAAUUCAAGAUGUUGAUGAAAUUUUGUGUUCUCCUAGUAGUUCAAAACUUGAGUGUACUUCUAAUCGCACUAAACAAUGUUUAUUGAUUUCCAUUCAGAGGAUUAAUGAUAUGUGUCUGAAUAUAAGAGUUCUUCAGUCACAAUUUUGGUUACCUAUUGGUUAUUUUAAUUUAGAUGAUUCUAUGUCACUAGAAUUUGUUCAUGGAGAGAACAUAUCAGAUGUUUUAUAUGAUUGUGGAACCAAAGGAGUGCGAAUUGAUUGGGAAGGCAAGAAAUUCUGUUGGCUCAAUCUUGAAAGUGACGAAUCUUAUUAUCAGCAAAUCAACAAACUGAUUGUUUCCAGUCAGACUAAAUCGAGUACCAUUCUCUACUUGGAUGAUAAAUGUUUUGGGAAUGCUGAUGAUCCAUUAAUUGAUCUUUUUCAUCUUCGCUCGUCAGCUACUUCUAGGCGACUUCCUACUGUUUCCUCCGCCUCUCAUUCGCGUGCUUUUGUUGACCCCUGGGACGAUUGGUCUGACUGUGGAUGUUCUAGCUAUCCUAGUCGUGUAACCCGCCGUAAAUUACCACUUGUUUUGCUCAAUGAUUCUGAAAAUGAAGACGUGCCAACCUCAGUUCCUUCAGAAAAUGAUGAAAAGUUACUUCUCGAAUCUGAUGGUGAAUUCAUUGUGGUUGGAAAAACUAAAGAUAACAAGUUUUACACUCUUUUCCCAGUUCGUCAUCCUGAAUGGUUUAAGAUGGAAAAUUAUGUGAAUUAUGACCAAAGAUCUUUCAUUGCCACUAUUUUAGGGUCCAAUAUUUUUAUUUUGACUAAGAAACUGAAAUUUAUUCAGUUUGAUUAUAAAACCCAAACAUUUAAACAGACUGUUCCAUUCAAAGGCAACCAACUUAAAUUUAUGGAUUUAAUCAUCACUUCUCUCCUAGACAACGAUUACAAAAUAGUUUUGAUUCAUAAAUCCUCUGGUAAAAUUCAUUAUUUCAACAUUGACAGUCAAACUUGGACUGAAACGAAUAUCAGCAAUCGUAAACCGAAUCAAACUAAUUCUAAGGAUUGCAUUAUGGCUUCAACCUCAGUCUUUUUACCAUUAGAUAAAAUCAAACCUUACUUUUUUCGAAAAUCCAGUUCGUUGGACUGAUAAUUUCAAUUAUUUGAUCAUCAAAUGUAUCUUAAAUAUCAAUUUCAUCUCUGUAUUCGUUUGACGAAUGUAUUUAACAAAUAAAAUUUUCUUAUUAAAACU